CUCUCAGUCACACGGUGUCAGUCAGUCACACGGUAUCUGUCAGUAUACUCGGUAUCAGUCAGUCAGUCAGACGGUGUCAGUCAGUAUACACGGUAUUAGUCAGUCACACGGUAUCUGUCAGUAUACUCGGUAUUAGUCAGUCACUCUGCGGCAGACAUGGAGGUGCCCGGUGUGGCUCUCCUCACGAUGUGUGUGAUGAUCUCGCUCGGGGCUCUCAGCCUUGUUCCCGGGGGGUGGUCGGAGGGGGACCCGAACAGUGACGGGGUGAAGAAGGUGACUGCGUACUGUGUGAAGCGAUACAACAUGGAGAGCAAUGACGUCACUCUAUACAACCUGAUCAAAAUAAAGAGUGCCCAGCAACAGGUACAGAGCCAGGCUGGGGAGGUUGUGGCUGGAGUUAAUUACAAGAUUGUGUUUUUCAUUGGGAAAACCAGAUGCAGAAAAAAUGGAAACAUGUCCUUGACUAACUGUCCUCUGCAAACCGGAGGAAACGUAAAGAGGCUGCAGUGUGAAUCAGAAGUGAACUAUGUUCCAUGGGAAGACAACAUUACACUUCAAAAACAAACUUGCUAUCCCGUGUCUGGACACUCCACCCAAUGACGUGUCAUUUCUCCAGGUCAACUUAUUUCUGUAGCUUUACUUAUGUAACUAUUGAGGCUGGUCAGGUAGAUGGAUAUAGGUUUUAAUUAAUGCAUUGUGAAGAUUGGGUGUUUCCAAUAAAUAAGACUAUGAUUAAACAUUUGCCUUCUCUAGUCAUGCUUUACCUAAAUAUAGACGACAGUAUAUUGUAUUCCUGAAAUUCUGGAUAUGCUUAAGGCCUGCAAAAGUGCUAAUCCUCAACAGGAUUAACAUAAAAAAUUAUAAUUAAAAUAUAAA